ACUCAUCACCUGAAACUAAGAACGUCAUUUACAUCACAUCCAUUUCCAGUGGCAGCCAGAAAAUAUCAUCCUGCAGAUAUGGAAGACCAUUUUUCGAAACACAGCAAGAGAAUACUUCAUGCAUUGAACAAACAACGGGAAGACGGUAAAUUUUGUGAUGUUACACUGGACCUGGGUGGCCAUUGCUUAAACGCACACCGUAGUAUCUUGGCAUGUUGUAGUAAUUUCUUCCACAAUAUUUAUGGAGCUGGCACAUCUGCUGAAGUCAAUCUUCCUGAUAGUUGCACUAGUGUCUUGGGCCUUCUGUUUGACUUUAUAUACACAGGUGAACUUCAGUUGACCCAAACAAAUGUCUCUGAAGUGCUCAGUGCAGCAGAACUCCUUUCAAUCCCUGAUGCUGUUCAGGCUUGUCACCAUUAUCAGCAGAAAUUUGUUGAAAAUGAGAGUAGUGAAGAAACUUCAUGCAGCCAAACAACCACUGAAGAUAGAUCUGCAAAAGUACCAAUAGAACCUACCAAACAUUCUGGAGAUGUUGGAGUUCCUGUGAAACAAAUCACUGUCACACAAAUCAGACAUUUUGGCAGAAAGAACAACAGAUGCAAUGAUAAACAAACAGCUAACUUGCUUACUGAGAAGCAGAAAGAUAAAAUAAGAGCCUUUGCUAUUCAGAAAAGGUCUAGAGAAUCGUUGAUCUUCCCAGGAAGCCAAAACUAUAAUCAGGUAAAGGGCAAGGAAAGUGGCUUAAGAGACAACAAUGAGGAGAACAGUCAUGAGACCAUCAAUGGGAACAGCAACUCUACAAUGGAUAUAGAUCUGGUCAAAGUUGAAGAAGAUGAGGAGGAUGAAGAUAUGAAUGACAGAGGAGAACUGGACCAUGACUACAUUCCAGCCAGGCACAUUUGUAAGAAACCGAGAAAAGACACUACACAAGGACUGGACAGACAGAAGCUCAAAGCCUCAGAACCAGCAAACAGAAGGACUGAUCCUGCUGAGUGUCCAACUUGUCAUAAGAAGUUUCUCAGCAAAUAUUACCUCAAAGUUCACAACAGGAAGCAUACAGGAGAGAAACCAUUUAAAUGCACCAAGUGUGGAAAGUGUUACUUCAGGAAAGAAAAUUUACUCAAACACGAGGCCAGGAACUGCGUGACCAGGACAGGCGUGGUUUACACUUGUCAUGAGUGUAGCAAGACAUUUAAAGGGCGGACGGAGUUGAGGAACCACCUGGUAUCUCACACAGGCGAGAUGCCCUUCAAGUGCUCCUCAUGCCCUCAGCAGUUCAUGCAGAAAAAAGACCUGCAAAUUCACAUGAUCAAAUGUCAUGGAGCUCCAAAACCAUACCCGUGCUCCACUUGCUCCAAAUGUUUCCUCACUCGCAGUGACCUGCAUGUGCACGAACUGUCCAGGCACCAGAGGGAGAAGCUGUUUGUGUGCGAGGAAUGUGGUCACAGAGCUUCCACUCGUCAUGGUCUGCAGUUGCACAUAAAAUCCAAGCACAGGAAUGAGCGGCCCUAUGUUUGUGAAUUCUGCAACAGAGGAUUUACGCAGAAGGGGAACCUGAAUGUCCAUCGACGGACACACACGGGCGAGAAGCCCUUCCAGUGCCAUUUAUGUGGGAAAACUUUCAGGAUUCAAGCAAGCUUGGACAAACACAACAGAACUCAUACGGGUGAACGGCCAUUCAGCUGUCAGGUCUGUAGCCAGACCUUUACAGAGAGAGGUCCUCUCCAUCGUCACAUGGCCAGCAAGCAUCAGGAAGGGCGGCCACAUUACUGUGAUAUCUGUGGCAAAACCUUUAAAGCCAUUGAUCAGUUGCGUGUACAUGUGGGGAGGCACAAAGGGGUGAGGAAAUUUGAGUGCAGUGAAUGUGGCUAUAAAUUUACUCGACAGGCUCACUUGAGGCGACACAUGGAGAUUCAUGGACGGGUAGAAAACUACAACCCCCGUCAGCGAAGGUUACGCAACCUGAUCAUCACAGAUGAGAAAGAGGAAGGUGCAGAGAGUGACACAAACACAGGAACAUGCACAACCAGCCUAUCAGACCAGGUCCUAUCCACCACAGCCAUAAAGACUAAUCCGUGCACAGAAACUCCAGAACUUUUACCUCAUAGGUUCACAGGCAUUGGAAGUUAUCAAUUGCAAGAGAAUGUAGAGCUGGCCAUUGGUAUGACAGACAUGUCGCAAGCAACUUCCUAGAGCCUCAAUCAAAAUUUCACCUUCAUUGGAAGGAGAGACAGCUAUCGGACAUCACUGUAGCCCAUCUAAAUAAGUGACAGACAACAUAAAUAGAAAUGCUGGCUGAGUUAUUUUUAUCUUCCGAACGAUCAUGUGGCAUGACUCAAAGAUGACCAAGGAAUGAUCAACGUGUGGUGAGCAACAUUCUACUCAACUGGCAACAAAAACAAUAGGUUGUUGAUUGCAGUUAGAUCUUCGAGUAAAAAAUGUAAAAAUUCCUGAUGAAGGGCUUAUGCUCGAAACGUCGAAUUCUCUAUUCCUGAGAUGCUGCCUAACCUGCUGUGCUUUGACCAGCAACACAUUUGCUGCAGUUAGAUCUUGCAGUGUAGAAAAUAGCUGCUGCAUUUGGUAACCAUAAAAAGGCACUAUGCUUAAGAAAUAAUGGAACAAAAGUACAAAU